GAGCUGAGUGGGACAAUGACAAACCUUGGGACCACAGAGAGCACCACAGUCCCUUUCAACAUGAAGAAAGAGAAAGGAAUUUGGAGAAUAGAAACUAAAGGGAAAUUGACUGGCCGGGACAGAGUUUGUCUUUCCAAACUUUUAGAACAUCAUUCCAUCACUGGAAGAUUUAAGAUGGACUUUCCAUGUAUAAAGGACCUGGCACCAAAGAUGUAUGGAACUCAAACUACCUCACCAACAAGCACUGCAGAUCUAUCUGGUUUGAGUAAGAGCCCAGGAUCACGCCUUCGGCAGGAAGAUUCCCCACCCCGGAUUGUGGAACACCCGUCCGAUCUGAUCGUGUCCAAGGGAGAGCCUGCUACUCUGAACUGUAAGGCUGAGGGCAGACCGAGCCCCACCAUCGAGUGGUACAAGGACGGGGAGCGGGUGGAAACGGACAAGGAUGACCCUCGCUCUCACCGUAUGCUGCUGCCCAGCGGCUCCUUGUUCUUCCUGCGCAUUGUCCACGGCCGGAGGAGCAAACCCGAUGAGGGCAGCUACGUCUGUGUGGCCAGGAACUACCUGGGGGAGGCCGUCAGUCACAACGCCUCGCUGGAGGUGGCCUUGCUCCGGGAUGACUUCCGACUGAAUCCCACGGAUGUGGUUGUUGCUGCGGGUGAGCCAGCCAUCAUGGAAUGCCAACCGCCCCGUGGGCACCCAGAGCCAACCAUCUUCUGGAAGAAGGACAAGAUCCCCGUUAAUGACCAGGACGAGAGAAUAACGGUGCGUGGAGGCAAAUUGAUGAUUUCGAACACUAAGAGAAGUGAUGCCGGCAUGUACGUCUGUGUGGGGACUAAUAUGGUGGGCGAGAGGGACAGUGAUCCUGCUGAAUUGACUGUCUUUGAACGCCCAAUCUUCAUCAGAAGACCCAUAAACCAGGUGGUGUUGGAGAACGAUUCCGUCGAGUUCCGUUGCCAGGUUCAAGGGGACCCCCAGCCCACGGUGCGCUGGAGAAAGGACGACACUGAUGUUGCCAGGGGCAGGUAUGACAUCAAGGAAGACAACACCCUGCGCAUCAAGAGGGUGAGCAAUGGUGACGAGGGAACAUUCACCUGUGUGGGAGAGAACCGUGUGGGCAUGGUUGAAGCGACCGCAACUCUCACCGUGCGAGCACACCCUGUCGCUGCCCCACAGUUUGUGGUGAGACCGAGAGACCAGAUCGUGGCGCAAGGACGGACAGUCACCUUCCCCUGUGUGACUAAAGGAAACCCUCAGCCUGCAGUCUUCUGGCAGAGAGAAGGAAGCCAGAACCUACUGUUUCCGAACCAGCCUCCCCAGCCUUCCAGUAGAUUUGCCGUCUCCUCAGCUGGUGACCUCACCAUCACCAACAUCCAGAGGUCGGACGCUGGCUACUACAUCUGUCAGGCCUUGACCGUGGCAGGAAGCAUCCUGGCUAAGGCUCAGCUGGAGGUCACAGAUGGUAAGCAAGGGCUGUCAAAAAGUAAGCUUGAAGGUAUUAUCUUCAGUCCCCUCAUCGAGAACAUACGAGUCACAGAUUCUGGAAUCUACACCUGUGUAGCCACUAGCUCAAGUGGGGAAACCUCCUGGAGUGCGUUUUUGGAAGUGCGAGAGUCAGGUGCAGUGACCGUCAACGUGAAGAUGGAUAUGGAUGCCCUUCCUGGGUCACCUUCCAAACCUCAGGUUGCUGAUGUUACAAAGAGCACUGUCACCCUCUCAUGGUUAGCAGGAAGCCAUAGUGGGUCAUCGCCCGUCACAUCCUACGUCAUUGAGGCCUUCAGCCAGUCCGUCAGUAACAGCUGGCAAACAGUGGCAGAACAUGUGAAGGACACUUUGCACACCGUCAGAGGACUGAGACCGAACACUAUCUACCUCUUCAUGGUGCGAGCCGUCAACAGUCAGGGGGUCAGUGACCCGAGUCAGAUGAGUGAACCAGUCCGUACUCAAGAUAUCAGUCCACCGGCUCAAGGAGUGGAUCACAGGCAAGUUCAGCGGGAACUCGGUGAGGUUAUAGUACGCCUACAUAACCCGCUUGUGCUCACUCCAUCCAGUAUACAAGUCACGUGGACGGUGGAGCGCCAAUCACAAUUCAUCCAGGGUUACCGUGUGUUGUUCCGGCAAGUCUCCGGCCUGCCCAGCCCCUCGUCCUGGCAAGUCAUGGAGGUCAAAGUGCCCACCGAGCGAAGUGCAGUCCUUAACAACCUGAAGAAGGGCAUCACCUAUGAGAUGAAAGUCCGGCCGUACUUCAAUGAGUUUCAAGGGAUUGACAGUGAAUCGAAAACUGCACGCACGACUGAGGAAGCUCCGAGUGCCCCCCCUCAGUCGGUGACUGUGAUGAUGGUUGGGAACCACAACAGCACCAGCAUCAGUGUCUCUUGGGACCCCCCACCAAUGGAACAACAGAAUGGCAUCAUCCAGGAAUAUAAGAUUUGGUGUCUUGGCAAUGCCAGCCGGUUUCACAUCAACAAGACUGUGGAUGCUGCUAUUCGCUCGGUGGUGAUUGGUGGCCUUCUGCCUGGUGUCCAGUAUCGUGUCCAGGUUGCGGCUAGCACCGGUGCUGGUGUUGGUGUCAAGAGUGAGCCACAGCUCAUCAUCAUCGGGGGCCGUGGUGAUGACAUCUUCAUGACUGGACCCGGGAGCAAUAACAGCAUCACGGAGCAGAUCACGGACGUGGUGAAGCAACCAGCCUUCAUUGCGGGCAUCGGCGGAGCGUGCUGGGUCAUUCUGAUGGGCUUCAGCAUCUGGCUGUACUGGCGCAGAAAGAAGAGGAAGGGACUCAGCAACUACGCAGUUCAGUCUUUCACCUUCACCCCGGCAGUAACAUUCCAACGUGUAGAUGGAGGAAUAAUGAGUAAUGGAAGCAGACCGGGCCUGUUGAAUCCGGGAGAGACGAGCUAUCCAUGGCUAGCUGACUCCUGGCCAGCCACCAGCCUGCCAAUAAACGGGAGCAGCAAUGGACCCUCUGACCUUGGAGACCUUGGAGGCAUGGGGAACUUCAAUCGGGCAGCAGCAGGUCAGGGGGAGAAGUCAGGUACCAUGCUGUCAGACAGCGCCAUUUACAGUAGCAUUGAUGUCACCACCAAAACCAGCUUCAACAGCCCGGGCCAGGUCACACAGACCACCCCCUACGCCACCACCCAGCUCCUGCAUUCCAGUAGCAUCCAAGAGCUGGCUGUGGACCUCCCCGAACCUCAGUGGAAGGCGUCCAUCCAAGCGAAGCCAGACCUGACCAGCUGUGGGUACUCACUACCAGACCAGAGCAAGUUUAAUAACGCCCUGCUUUUCAUCCCUGACUACCGAUUGGCUGAGGGAUUGUCUAACAGAAUGCCUCACAACCAUUCUGAGGACUUCAGCACUUCCAGCUCCCACAACAGCUCUGAAAGAAGUCUCUCAGGUUUAAUAGAUGGUUGUGCUAUCACUCAAUCCACUGAUAGAUUCCAGUCUGACUUGGACAGUUCAGUGACAGGUUCAAUGGUAAAUGGAUGGGGUUCCGCCUCUGAGGAGGAGCGCAAUAUGUCUAGCCGGCGAUCUAGCGCUGCCAGCUCCUCCUCCAACUCCAUCUUCACUGACGGCGACUUUACCCAGGCUCUGGCCACUGCGGCAGACAGGGCUGGCUUCAAGAUGGAGGGCACCAGCUUAAUGAGGACAGGUAAAGGAUAUUCCUCUUCGCAGCGUCUCCAACCCAGCAGCCCGUUCUCCAGCAACGGGAGUGUGGGUGUGGCUCACAACCAGUGUCAGAGAUCCAGACCUCCCAAAAAACACAAGCCAGCAGGGGGCAGAAUGGAGCAGCCCUCGGCACCACACCGCAGGGAGGCAGCAGCAGAUGACCUGCCUCCUCCACCUGACCCACCGCCGUGUCAAGGUUCAAAGCUGCAAUCUGGGCAAGUACCCAAAGGGACGGGCAUGGCAGAUUCUCUAGAGAGACAACAACUGCCCAGCCUAGAGGAGAACAUGGAGCAUCUGGCCAAAACAUCUCUAGACCACGGGUAUCAAGAAGAUUCACGGAACAAGCUCCCACAGAAGCCAACACUAGGCUCAGAUGAAAUACUCAUACCAUACAGCAAGCCAAGCUUUCCCUCACCAGGUCACCUCAGUGGCCACAGCUCAUCUGGAACAGCCUCAUCAAAGGGUUCAACAGGCCCCAGGAAAGGCGUGCCCUCACGAGGGGGUCCAACUAUUGCAAGUCAUCAGCGGAACAUCAGUGACCUUCCAGACGUAGGAUAUAUGGGGUCGUGCGGUCAAGGGCAGUUUUUAGGGGAUGUAUAGUGGUGAAGAGCUAUGUUUCUGACGUUCUGCAGAGCAAGCCUCACAGACACGAUGACACUUAAAUGGUGCAAUGAACCUCCUCCCUUAUUUAAUGUAUUAUGACAAAACCUGUAAAUGUGAUGUAAAGUCUAAGGUAACACAGCCACACACGUGUCCCCCACAUCAUUCUUUGGUACAUUGCUUCUCAUCCCCUUCCAACACCACCAAUUAACCCACCCCCCACCCCCCACCCCCAUUCUGGCCCCUUUCUUCCAUCACUUACCCCUCUCCCCACCCACCUCCUCAAAAAAAUUAGAAACUGGACAGGGAAGAAUCUAAACAUGAAUAGAAAUUUAGCCAUCAUCGCCCGAGAGAGAGAGAAAGCAAUUUCUUGUGUAAAUAAUUUCUGUUGUAUUCAUAUACAAAAGUUCAUCUUGUUUUUUUGAUUUUCUCAUCCUGUAAUUGUCUAUUCUUUUUUUUUAUUAUUGGUCUGUUGUACUAUAUGUGAAUUGAUCAGGCAGCCAUUAAAAAGUGAAAAAAAGACACAAAAAAAAUGUUUUUUAAGGUUAUUACUGUAUCACUUUUUUUUUAAGAUUCUGUGUUUUGAAGUUUGCACUGAUUUUUUUUAGUGAUAAGCACAAACUUUAAAAGUCCCAACGUAAAUGAAGAAAAGAGGAAGAUUAAAAACGAUUGAGUUGUUAGGAGAGGGGGAUUUUGUUCACUGUAUGUUUGGUUUUGUGUGUGUCUGUGUGUGUGUGUGUGUGUAUGUGUGUGCACGCGCGUAUGUUUGUGUGUGUGCGUGCGCGCGC